AUGGGACUUAAUGAUAGUUACAGCCAAGCCCGUAGUCAAAUUCUUAUGAAGUCUAAAAUUCCCACUGUUAAUCAAGCAUAUGCAAUGAUUCUGCAAGAUGAAAGUCAAAAAUUUGUAGCUGGUAAUAGUUCAUAUGUUCCUGAUUCCUCAGAUCCCACAGCCUUGAACUCAUCAAAAGUGGGGCAAAAGAUGAAGAAAAACUACAAUUUGGAGUGUGACUAUUGUAAUAUGAAAGGGCAUACAAGAGAUAACUGCUACAAAUUAUUGAGGUGUGAAUAUUGCAACAUGAAAGGGCAUUUGAAGACAAACUGUUACAAGUUGAAUGGCUACCCUGCAGAUUUUAAGCCAAAGAGGAAGGCAAAUAUGACCAGUAGUCUUCCAAGCCAAGGUACUUAUUAUUCAUCAGAUGGAAUGUUGACUAAAUCACAGAAUUAUGGUCAACAAGGCCUUGGACAAGGACAGCAGCUAGGGCAACAGCAGUAUGCACCAGCACCAGUCUUUACACCGGAGCAAUAUCAACAAAUCCAUACUAUGCUGAAUAAAACACAUGUCUCAGAAUCUCCUGCUUGUGCACAUAUGGCAGAUACUAGGGCCACUAAUCACAUGGUUGGUAACCAAGAUACUUUACAUGAUAAAGUGACAACAGGAAAUGCAGGCAGUGUACAGCUUCCUACAGGUGAUUCAGCUAAAGUGUCUCAUGUUGGAAGUUGCCAACUGAAUGGAGGAGAAACUAUUACAGGUGUCUUAUGUGAUCUCUUUACUGGGAAGGCGAAGGAGAUUGGUAAGAAGGAAGGGGAACUCUAUGUGCUUCAUACACAAAGAAGAUUAAAGAAUCCAGCUAAGUCAUUUACAGUAGUCAGAGAUGAUACUGAGUUGUGGCAUAGGAGGCUGGGACAUGUUCCAGUUUCAGUCAUUAAGAAGUUGCAUAGUUUCACUGUGCAUGGCAUUGUGCAUCAAAGUUCUUGUCCAUAUACUCCACAACAAAAUGGAGUGGUGGAACGAAGACAUAGACAUAUCUUGGAGACAGCAAGGGCUAUAAGAGAAGCUUCUAUAUCUCAUAUGAGGGUUCUAGGAUGUUUAUGCUUUGCUACUAAUUUAGUGAAGGGAGACAAAUUUGGUCCUCGUGCAAUAAGGUCUGUAUUUCUGGGCUAUGCUCCUACACAGAAGGGCUACAAGUUAUAUAACAUUCAACAAAGAUCUAUGUUUGUGAGCAGGGAUAUAGUUUUCCAUGAAGAUGUGUAUCCUUUCCAAUAUAAUAAUGAAGAUUUCAGAGUGUUCUCUCAAUCAACUUCCAUAGUCAACAAUGGUUGUCUACUGUCACCUAUUGAUAGCAGGGGUGAUGAGUCAUUUGAGACUGCUCAUAUUGACACAGCAGCUGAUGUUCCUGCACAUGAGAUGCAUGCCACAUCAUCCUCUAUUCCUAGCAAUGCAUAA